CCGCCUUGGUUUCUCUUCUUAAUAGGUCCUUCUUCCUCAGCCGCGCUUCUGACACAAUCUUUCACGGCCAGCUGAUUGGUAGCUGGAUUGAAUUGCGUUGCCUGCCUGGAAGCAGACACCCCAUCUUGGUUAACAACUAUUCGCUAUAGGAAUAUGUUGUAACUCGCCAUAAUUUGCAUCGUUGCGGUUUGCGUGUCUUGUCAAACCGUCUGCCCAGCUGGAUACUGCAGGAAUUCGCCAACUGUUCUUCCGUCCUUAGCCCCUCUUCUCUUUUUCACUAUCCUUCCUUCACCCCAUUUUGACGCAGCCGAAGAAUGCUCAAUAUGUCUGGGAGCCACGUCGCCGGCAAUCGCAAUAGCACCCCUGAAGUCAAUGCCGCGCCCUCUCUAAGACCACCUUCUUCUCGAGCAGUUGGCUCUGGCAGCUCGCUGCGCGCCUCUGCCGACAUGGCGGCAAUAUCAGGGACAUCGCCGUCUAGCCGCAUCAGGCCGUCAUCCGAUUUCUAUGGUCAGCCACAACAAGGUGGCCACGGCCCUGGGGGCCUUGACAUUGAUUCUCAGGACAAGAUCGCCCAACAGUGGAUUGCGGAUAUUGAUCAAUAUGAGACGACGCUGGAAGAAAUGGCUGCUGCCACGCUCGAUCAGGAUUUCAAGGAUGAACUGAGCGCUAUUGAGCAGUGGUUUCGCGUCCUUAGUGAGGCUGAGCGCACGGCAGCUCUGUAUGCAUUGCUACAGCAGACAACCCAGGUCCAAAUCCGCUUCUUCAUUCAAGUUCUUCAGCAGAUGGGCAAGAACCACCCGAUGUCUGGUGUCCUGUCCCCUGCGACUUUUGACAAAGACCCGAUGUCUAGUCGACUUAGCGAUGCCAUGAAUAAGCUUAAUGUUGAUUCUGCCCGAAACUCGUUCGCUCGCAACUCAGCUAUUUCAUCGUCGAAGCGGCACUCUGGCCUCGAUGCUUCUACGAUCAAUGCCAUGUUCCCGGAUGCCGCAGCGGCUAUUGCAACAGAAAAAGCAAAGUUUACCCAGCAAACGGGAAACCCGCCUUCAUCGAAUCGUAACAGCGUUGCCAUCGAUCCCCGGGCCGCGAUGACGGGAUCCAGUAUCCCGGCUGCCACUCCGGAUUCCAGGGAUGGCAAUGUUGCCUCGUCAGCAUCGCCAUGGGGCAGCGGCGGAGACCCCGCAGCAUCUUCGAAGGCGGGCUCGUCUCAAACCCCAAUGGGCCAGUUUGUACAGCCUCCAGCAUCCGGAGGAGGGCUGAGGUCACCAAGGCCACAGUUGUCGAGUAAUUCUACCCUUCAAACAACCACUUUGACUCGUGACAAAAAUGCGCCCGAGCUGCCCCUCUUGUCUCCAUAUGCGAACAGCAGCGGCAACUGGGCUUCCAUGGUCAAUACACCGAUGGCACCAACAUUUAAUACAAACUCCAGCGGUAACCAGGCUGACAUGGUAGCCAACGCGACUGCAAUGAAGCUCGCAGCGCUCUCUACAGUCAAUAACCGCUUCGCUUUGGACGACGUUCGCAAAUAUCGAAGAGCCAGGUCCAACGAUGCUCCAGGGAAUGCACACAACCAGAUGCCUCCUACUCCCUCACAUGUCAAUAUUCCUAACGCCAAUGUCGUCAUGAUCAAUGAACACGGGCAAAUUCUGAAUCGCGAUCAGCUGAUGGCUCUUCAAGCACAGCAAGGCCUCAGUCUUGGAGGACAGCGAUCACGUCCGAGCUCUCCAGGCUUACCCAUGCAGUCCGGCAUGGGGCCCAUGUCACAUUUUACUUCCCCUCAGCACAACGGCUUUCUUAGCGCAUAUGACGGUUCUGGAUUGAUGACUGGUGGAAUGUCGCCUGUCGGCUUGGGUCAACUAGGAAUAAACACCCAUGAAGGUUACCUUUCAGACCAUUCUGACAUGGUUCGAGGACGUUCACCGAGAGGAAGAAGGGGAAGCUCAAAGCCCCCUGAAGACCCGACAGAUCCUACUCUUCUUCAAGAUAUCCCUAGCUGGCUUCGCAGUUUACGACUACACAAGUACACAGACAAUCUGAAAGAUAUGAACUGGACAGACCUGAUCGAAUUAGAUGAUAAGGCUUUGGAGGAUCGUGGGGUUAAUGCUCUCGGAGCACGGCGCAAGAUGCUAAAAGUUUUUGAGCAAGUCAAAGAGGCCAAGGCGGAAGGCCGGAUAGGUUAAUGUCAAUUUUGGUAUAAUACAGUAUGACAGCAUAAGCGCUGGCUAUUGACUAUUUUUAUAUUAAGUAGUUAUUAUUAUCAUGACUUAUAUGCUACGAAGCAGGAUCAUGAGACCAAGAGUAUGUUAUCGCAAUGGAAUUUAAAAACAACACUAUAUAUAUGUUACAUGUACAAUCAAAAUUUGAGAUUUGAG